AAAGAACGGUACAUGCUUAUUUAAAAAAGAACAUAUCAAUAAAAUCUACACAAAAUUCUCUAUCUUUUAGCAUCAGAACCAAACCUUCUGGUCGAGUCUAAUUUGAGAAAAAAGCCUAUCAAAAAACCGGCAAUUUCCUCUGCCGUACCCGUUAUGUUAAUUAAUUCAACAUAACUUGCCUGCCUUUAUUCAUAUUUCUAGCAAACAUUACAUGCAUGGAGAAUCAUAUUUAAUAUAACUGCUGGUGUUGGUGUAUUUGGUUGUUUAGUUUAUUGUCUAUUGUUUGUUGGAGAAGAGCAACACUGGAAUCGUCAAGAUGAUGACGAUGAUAAACAAAUUCAAUGA